AUGGAAGAAGUUAACGUUGUUGAAACUAAGGAUGGAACCGUUUCAGUAGCUUCUGCGUUUGCUGGUCACCAGGAAGCUGUGCAGGAUAGAGACCACAAAUUUUUAAGAAAAGCAGUUGAAGAAGCAUAUAAAGGGGUAGAUUGUGGAGAUGGAGGCCCUUUUGGUGCUGUUAUUGUUCACAACGAUGAAGUAGUUGCUAGUUGUCACAACAUGGUUCUGAAUUACACUGAUCCAACUGCUCAUGCAGAGGUCACAGCAAUCAGAGAGGCUUGUAAGAAACUUAAGCAGAUAGAACUUUCAGAUUGUGAAAUAUAUGCUUCUUGUGAACCCUGCCCCAUGUGCUUUGGUGCAAUCCACCUCUCGCGAAUUAAGAGAUUGGUUUAUGGAGCAAAGGCAGAGGCAGCAAUUGCUAUUGGGUUUGACGAUUUUAUUGCAGAUGCAUUGCGAGGUACUGGAUUCUACCAGAAAGCAACGUUGGAAAUUAAACAAGCCGAUGGUAACGAGGCCAUGAUUGCGGAAGAGGUUUUUGAGAAAACAAAGGCAAAAUUCCAAAUGUAUUGA